AUGGCCGAGUCAUCGCGACCAGUACUCCUUCCUCAGAACCGCAAGAUCCGACACCUGCAAGGCAUCUUUGUGCGAAACCUCACCUUCGACAGGCCUCAGGGGCGAACGACAGAUGAUUCGGCAGUCAAGCAUUCGCCGGGUAAGAUUGAGUCCCUCCGCGAGACCUCUCAGCUUCAGCACUCGGCCUCCAGCGAGAACCUUCGUCCUGGGACUGCGCGGCGCCGGAGUACGAAUCUGGGCAACGCGACGCCCUUUACCAGACAGAGACACCUCGAGGCCUCGAUAGACAAGCGCGUCGCCAAUGCUUUCUUCUCCCUCCACGUCCAAGGGGAGGAGGAGGACCCGGUCUAUAUCAGCGAGACGGCAGAACGUUCAACGAACUUCGACUUCCGCUUCUUCGAACUCUCCCGCUCCGUCGACUCGACCGUCCUCAGAAGCCCCCGAGUCACCGUCAAGAUCUGGGCCCAGCGGUCUGAGAAGUGGUCUCUCCACCUCGAGGAGCAGGUAGAUUUGCGCCGGCUCAACUUCCUGGGCAGUAUGGUUGGGACACACUUUCCUCCCAACUGCCUGGUCUUCCAUCUCACCGACGGCAUUUACACUCUCGAGCUUCCCCCCAAGACUUUUCCUCCCAGACAGGGCACCGUCGAGCUCACCUCCUCUUACAACGCCCUUAUGCGGCUGUCCACCCUCGAGCACUCGAUACAAGACGCGCUGGCAGCCCAGAACAUGCUCAAGCAGCAGAUUAGUGACCUUGUCUCUGGCCACUCGGACGGCCAGCUUGAGUUGAACAAGGCUGAGGAUGGCCUGAAGCUGAGCAGUAAGUACGUGGCUGCCGAGCAGAGGUCGGUCAAGAAUGCGAUAGAGCAGAUCGAACACUUGAACGCGUCUAUAACGGAUCGCCGCGACAUGAUGGACCAGGGACGCUCUGCCAUGGACAAGACGGACCAGGAUAUGAAGAAUGCUCUUCUUAAGCUGUCCGACGACAAGGAACAAUGCCAAAAGACAAGAGACGAGAUUCGUGGGCAGCGUCGCCGCAUAUGCGAAGAUCUAAACAAUAUCUUCAAGAUCGAGCCUGUUCCCGACGGCAAACCUCUGCAGUUCCAGAUCCGUGGUAUCCACCUACCCAAUGCCGAGGACUAUGGUGCAGGCUUACUGAGCGGUGCCCAAGAGGACGAACUAUCUGCGGCAUUGGGCCAUGUAACCCUGCUCACCAAGCAUCUUGAGAUGUAUCUCUCGGUGCCUCUGCCAUAUCCUGUCACCUAUUGUGGCAGCCGCAGCUACAUCACUGACGAUAUAUCCAUUCUCAAGGAUCCUACCCGCGAUUUCCCCCUCUAUAUCCCUCGGAGUGGCUCUGCCGCGCAGUUUCGGUUUGACUAUGGCUGGUUCAUCCUGAACAAGAACAUCGAGACUCUCUGCACGGCACAGGGCCUCAAGGUCAUGGACAUUCGGCACACGCUGCCCAAUCUGAAGUAUUUGCUCUUCGUCUGUAGCGCUGGUACCGACGAGCUUCCAGAGCGCAAGAAGGGCGGCGUGCGAGGCCUCCAAGCUGGCAUCAUGCGAAGUCGAGGUGUGAGUCUCGCAGACGACGUUGGAAGCCUGACGUCGAGUCGCCGUGGCAGUGUUGAUAGUGACAUGCCUAUUGGUGGAGGGCUGGGUGGCGAUGACUUGCGACGCAAGAUGAAUGAGCUAGGCAUCAAAACUGCCAAGAGCUCGGAUGAUGGUGGUGAUAGAUCACCAGACGUGUCUGAAGUUGGUCUUCCUUUUCACGAGGGAUUUGGGAAGAUGACGCUCCGGACGAAGGGCAUGCGGGAGCAUGUGGGCAAGUAA